GGAGUGCCUUUGAGGUGAAGCAGCACUCGUUCUUCACAGAGCUGGACUGGAACAGCCUGCUGAGGCAGAAAGCCGAGUUCAUCCCUCAGCUGGAGUCUGAGGACGACACCAGUUACUUCGACACACGCUCUGAUCGGUACCACCACGUGGAUUCAGAGGAGGAAGACGACACCAAUGACGACGAACACGUGGAGAUUCGACAGUUCUCCUCUUGCUCUCCUCGCUUCAGCAAGGUUUACAGCAGCAUGGAGCGUCUGUCUCUGCACGAGGAGAAGAGGACUCCACCUCCCACCAAACGCAGCCUCAGUGAGGAAGGAGGAGAUCGGAUCGACAGCCUGAGUGGACUGAAAUCCAGAGAUCGAUCGUGGCUGGUGGGAUCUCCAGAGAUCCUGCGGAAGCGUUUGUCUGUCUCAGAGUCGUCGCACACGGAGAGCGACUCCAGCCCUCCUCUGACAGUCCGGCGGCGCUGCUGCUCGGCCAUCAUCGAGAUGCCGCGCUUUGCCAUUUCCUCUGAGGAGGAAGGACAAGGUGCAGCUGGAAGCCGGAAGAGUCCCAGCCUGAGUGCGUUGAGGGGCCCCCGGAGCGAUGAGCUGCCCCUCGCCAUCCCAGAGCUCCCAGUGGAGAGAGAGCUGAAGCUGGACGAGUCUCCCACCACCUCGAGCUCCGCCUCCAGUCAGCUGAGCAAGGCCACGCUCACACCGGGCAGCUCCGGCGAUGUGUGUGAACGUGGUAACGGCGGUAACGGCCGAGCAGCUAGAGCAGACAGCGACUCUCCAUCGACUCCUAAAGCCAUCAGUGACCUGGCUGCUCGCAGGGCUCGUCAUCGCCUGCUGUCCGGAGACGCGGACAAACACACGACCACUCAGAGCUCCAGGCCGCUCAACAAGGUCAUCAAGUCGGCCUCCGCCACCACGCUGUCGCUCAUGAUCCCUGCAGACCACCACGGAGCGUCCCCGCUGGCCAGCCCCAUGUCCCCCCACUCACUGUCGUCCAAUCCGUCGUCCCGAGACUCCUCGCCGAGCCGGGAUCUGUCCCCGGCCGUGACCAAUGUCAAACCCGCCAUCGUGAUCCACAGAGCUGGAAAGAAGUACGGCUUCACCCUGAGAGCGAUCCGGGUCUACAUGGGAGACUCUGACAUCUACACCGUGCAUCACAUGGUCUGG